UCUUGUAAGAAAAUAACGCGCCUUCUUAUUAGUUAAUUCGCGGUUGAACUUCGGAAGUGCAAGUGGGCGAAAAUAUUACCGUGGAAAUUUUUAAUUGCUGCAAAGCAAGUUCAGUACGUGAAGUGUUCGGUGAAGUUGGCUGAGGUAUAUACUGUAUAAUGUCUCUUCAACCAAGCGUAAGACCACGUGUUCGUGUUCCUUCACCUCAACUUAUGGGAAAAGUUGGUAUUCGUCCUGUCAUGACAUUUACGGGUCCCAGGAUGUCUUUUCGACCAAGGAUUCCACCUUCUGUUAACGUUGUUAAUAGACCAUCGGUAAUUGCUGAUACCUUUAAGCCACGCGGCGGUUCAAUUUCUGUUCGUCCAAGGGCAAUAUUAGCAUCACCCCAGGCUGCAAAGCCUGAUUCUAAUGAUUCUGUACCAAAUUUGAUUCGUCGUAUUUUAAUAUCUCCAUCUAUUCCGCACUCGCCUUCAAAUUUGUCGUCAUUUUCGUCAACUUCAACUUCAUCAUCUAGUUGUACUCAAAUUGAAAAUUCCAUAGCUAAUCUUGGUGUUGUUGCUGCUAAGCCGAGAGGCAAAGGGCAUGGAGGACGUGGUGGACGUAAUCGUGGUGGCCCGCAUACACCGUUGUUGGAUUCCUUGUUUACACGGCCACAAACUUGUGUUUCCAAAAUGGGUGAAACUGGACGCCAUGUUACUGUUGAUACGAACUAUUUCAAGAUCUUAAAGAAACCCGAAUGGAACAUUUAUCAAUAUAGAGUAGAUUUUGUACCGGAAAUAGAUAUGAGCUUUGUUCGUCGUACAUUAAUUCUCCAACAUAAAGCAAAACUUGGUGGAUAUAUAUUUGAUGGGACAAUGCUUUUUACUACUAAUGAUUUAAGAGGCACUAAAAAGGGUCAUUAUCAUGAAUUCCAUCUAACGUCUGAGUAUCGUGAUGGAAAGACAGUGCUUAUUAAAAUUAAACAUGUUGGUAUUGUCGAUGCAAAUGAGGCUCAACUGUUCCAAGUAUUGAAUUUAAUCUUACGUCAAUCAAUGGGUGGACUGGAUUUACAACAAAUAGCUCGUCACUUUUUUGAUCCUUAUGCUAAGAUUAGCAUUGACCCGUAUCAUAUAGAAAUCUGGCCAGGUUAUAUUACAUCCAUUCGUCAACAUGAGCGGGAUAUUCUUCUCUGCACUGAGAUUACACAUAAAGUUAUGCGCACCGAUACUCUUUACACCAUACUUCGUCAACUAACGGUCGAAACUAAAGACUAUCAAAAAGCUUUUAAGACUGAAGUUAUAGGUUCUAUUGUGUUGACGGACUAUAACAAUAAAACUUAUCGUAUAACUGACGUUGAUUUUACGAGUUCUCCUCUAUCGACAUUUUCAUUGAAAGAUACAAAAGUUUCAUUUGCUGAAUAUUUUAAAUCGCGUUAUAAUCUAAUCAUAACCGACUCCAGUCAACCAAUGUUAAUAUCGAAACCAACCAAUAAGCAUAUACGUGGUGGUCAAGAAGAAUUUAUCUCAUUGAUUCCUGAGUUCACGCGUGCAACUGGUAUAACUGAUCAUAUGAGAACAAAUGUUCGUUUCAUGAAAUCGAUGAGCGAUCAUACUCGGCUCAAUCCGGAAAUGAGACUUCAACGCUUGAGAAAUUUCAACGAACGUCUCAAUUCUUCUGCUAAAAGUUCAGAGGUUCUUCAAGAGUGGAAUAUGAAAUUGGAUAAUGAUUUACUUAAAAUUCCAGCACGUAUUUUACCCUGUGAAAAAAUCUUACUAGGUCAUGGUGUUCGGUAUAUAUGUGAUGAGAAAGCUAACUGGACCCGCGAGUUCCGAAACUGUUCAAUGUUUUGUAAUGCCGAAAUAAGUCGUUGGCAAGUAAUCCUCCCAUCACGUUGUUGUCGUGAAACUCAAUUGUUUGUUCAAAUGUGUAUUAAAGUAGCAAGAAAUAUGAGUUUAGUAGUGGCCACACCAAAAUACAUUGAAAUGGAUGACGAUCGUAACAACUCUUAUACAACUGCAGUGGAAAUGGCAACCUCAGAGGAUCCUCAAAUUUUAAUGAUUGUUAUUCAACAACCCAACGAGGAAAAGUACUCUGUCAUUAAAAAGAAGUGUUGCAUCGAUCGUCCUGUAGCUUCACAAGUUGUUACUAUGAAAAUGAUAGCACCUACUUCAGAAAAAAGUGCAGGUUUAAUGUCAAUCGCUACUAAAGUUGUCAUACAAAUGAACGCCAAACUACGUGGUAUACCAUGGAUGAUUGAUCUACCACUCAAAGGUCUAAUGACAAUUGGAUUUGAUGUUUGUCAUUCUUCUAAGGAUAAGAAUACCUCAUAUAGCGCCCUUGUUGCCACAAUGGAUGUCCGCAGUUCAUCAAGAUAUUUUUCGGCUGUUAGUAAGCACCAAAAAUUUCAAGAGCUUUCAAAUGAUAUUAUACUGCAUUUCGCAUUCGCUUUGAGAGCAUAUAGAAAUGAACACGGAUCUUUGCCUGAACGCAUUUUAUUUUAUCGUGAUGGUGUCGGCGAUGGUCAACUGCAUCAAGUAGUAAAUACUGAGCUUAACCAUUUACGAAUCAAGGCACAAGAAAUCUAUGAAGCGGCUGGAAAACAUGAAAUUGGACCACGUUUAGCUUUCAUAGUUGUUUCCAAACGUUUAAAUACUCGCUACUUUUUCAGCAAUAAUAAUCCACCACCAGGAACAGUCGUUGAUGAUGUUAUAACAUUGCCGGAACGUUAUGAUUUCUUCAUAGUUUCGCAAAGUGUGCGUCAGGGUACGGUUUCUCCUACGAGUUAUAAUGUAAUUUAUGAUACCAUGGGUCUCACACCAGAUCGUAUACAAAUGCUCACAUACAAAAUGACGCACAUGUACUAUAACUACACAGGUACCUGUCGUGUCCCGGCUGUUUGUCAGUAUGCGCAUAAGUUAGCUUAUUUAGUUGCUGAAAGCAUACAUUGUCCACCCUCUCAAUUACAUGAAAGAAAUUUAUACUUUUUGUAAAAGUAUCUUAAUUUUUAAUUUCUUUCACAUUUUAUUAUUUCACAUUUAAUUAGAUCCUUAAUUAUACGAUUAUAUAAUUAAUUCCAUGAUUAUAUAAUUAAUUACGCGAUUAUUGAAUUAAUUACAUAAAUAUGUAAUUAAUUACUUAAAUUUAAUAUAAUAAAAUUACAUAACACACAUUUAAUUACAUUAUUAAUUACACAAAUUAUUACUUAAUUCAUUACACAAUUGAAGAUUAAAUUUAACUUACGUGGUUAAGUAUAAAAACGGACUUCAUUUCAGAUUUCAUCAAAUUAUCAAUAAUAAUUUAAUGAAAUUUGCAUUGAGUUUUAUUAACUUAGUAUAAAGUAUAAAGUAUAAUAUCGGUUUUAAUUAUUCAAUAGUUGCAAUGUAUUAUGGCAAUAGUUAACUAUACCAAUGGUCGAGAACUACAGUACAUGUUUACUACAGUGUAGUUUAGUAGUUCCGCCCACUGGUGUUACACAAAGUUUUACACUUACGCCCAUGUGUCAUUCAGCUCAGCUGUUUUGUUUGAGGAGAAAACCGACCGACGCAUUUUUUUUCUGCCCUGACCUACUAAACAUUUUGCAAAUUCAAAUACAAAUAUUAAAAUUUUGUAAUUUUAAUAUUAUUAAUAUUAUUGUUAUUAACAAUUAUGAACGUUGAUAAAACUUGUUUAAAAUAUUUAUGUAAAAAUAAUGAGAAAUUCUUAUAAAUUUUUCUAGAAUAUCUCAAUAUUUAUGGUAUAACUAAAGCUGUAAAAUAUUCACAAUGUAUUUAACAAAUGUAACAAAUGUAACAAAUGU